AUGAUAUUGAAAAUUUUACUUCUAUUUUUUUCAUUAUUUUAUAUUGUUAUACUUGAAACAAUACCUCCUUUGGAUCCUAUUAUUCCUACUUCAUAUGAUGAUAGUAAUAAAGUAACAGAAGUUAAUGCUAUGUGUAGCCAAAAUGGUAUAACAGCAUCAAUUAAAUUUGAAAAACCAUUUACAGGAAAAAUAUUUUCCAUCAAUCAUUCAAAUAUCCAUGAAUGUAUAUAUUAUAAUGGUGGAACAUUUAUUGAUAGUCCAUUACUCUUUACAAUACCUGUAAAUACCUGUGGAACAAAAAUAACCAGGAACACUAGAAAUAUUAUUGAUAGUAUGGAAAAUCAAAUAUAUGUACAAAUGAGUAUGUAUUCUCAAACAAUAUAUGAUCAUCAAUAUUCUUUUAUCUGUGAAUUAGCUCUUGAUCCAAAAUUAACUGAUUCUGAUGAUGGUUUUAAGGGACUUUCUAUUGAUAGUGAUUCUAAUAGUAAUAUACCAAAACCAGAAUAUCUUUUAAAUUAUAGAAAUUUACAGUUUCCUUUACCACAUAAAGAACCAAUGUUACCGAGGCCAAUUAAACCUAUUAUUGUUGAUCAAAUAUCAAAAAGUAUUGAUGAAUUAAAUAAUGAAAAUAAUAAUCAUAAUAAUGUUAAUAGAAAAUUAACAAAUAAUCAAUUUAAUAAUAUAGUUAAUGAAAAUUUAAAAGAAUCUAAUAAUUUUAUUUUCAAAAAUAAAAAUUCUCAAGAAUAUAGAAAAAUUGAGAAUGGAGUUUUAGUUAAUAUAAAUAAUAAUAAUUUAACAUUAACAUCUAAAUUACCAUUAAUAUCAACAACUCAAAAUCCAUGGAUUGGUAGUACAAGAGAAGUGAAUCUUAAGACAACAAUUCAUCAAUUUAAUGAUAAUAAAAUAAUAAGACCAUUGAUGGAGGAAAAGAAAAAAGAAACAACAAAUGAUUCUUUAAUAUUUCUUCCAACAACAAAUUUAGUGGCAAAUCAAUCAACAGAUACAAACAGUAAAUUUACUGAUAUCCUUCUUGAAAUUCAAAAAGGUGAAGGUCCUUAUGCUAAUACAGUAAAUAAACCAUUAAAACUAGGUGAUAUUUUAACAUUAGUAAUAAAAGGAAAACCACCUAAAACUCCAAAUACAUAUCAUAUGUUUGUUCAUUCAUGUUAUGCUUCAGGUGACUCUAAAAAUGAUCCACUUCCAUUGAUUGAUAAAUUUGGAUGUCCUGUAAAUGAUCAAAUAAUAGGAAAUCUCCAAAGAACAAAAAAUAAAUAUGGUGAAACUUUAUAUUAUUUUAAAAUGAAAACAUUCAAAUUUCCUGGUUUUAAUAAUGUAUUUUUUUCAUGUUCUGUUGAAACAAGUCCUGACACCUAUCCUGAUAUAUGUCCAAAUAAAGAAGAAAAAAUAGGUAGAUUAAAAAGAACUUUAGAUAAAGGUAAUGAUGAUAAUAGAAAAACUUUUGUUCUUUUUAAUAAUAUUCAAAUUGAAGAUGAUAAUAAUAUUACAACUAAAGAUGAGUUGUAUUAUUACAAUAAUACAAAUAGUCUUUCAAAAAUUAUUUUAUCAAAUAAUUAUAUACUUAUUCCAUUAAUUAUUCUAUCUCUAUUAUUUUUGAUAUGUUGUUGUAUUUGUAUGAUAUGUUAUCACAAAAAAAUGAACAAAUAUUCUAACAAACCACCAAGAAUAAUAUCACCACCAGUACAAGAUGCCUCCCUAACACAACAAUUUACCUCUGAAAGAGGUUCUAAUUCACUUCCAGUUUUUUCUUUUGAUAAAGUAGGUAAAAGAAAAAUGUCUAUAUUUGCUGAAACAUCAUAA